AUGUCGGAAGGACUAAUAACCAGUUUCCGGAAGGAUGAUCGACAUCCCGUGAAGGUUUUGACCGUAUCAUCGUCAUCGGCAAUUGAACAGAUCAAUGCUCAAUCUGAUCAUUCUCGUCUGCAGCAAAUCAUGGGCUUAUUUUCACAAUAUUAUUCAAAGAAAGUUUUGGAAAAUCCAGCAGCAUGGAGAGAAUAUUUUAGAAAAAUAGCUAUUAAUCCAAUAGUAUUCUAUCAAGAAAGUGCCGUGUUGUUCUAUGAAGAUAUUAAAUAUGAUCAAGAACCAUCCGCUGUUCAACCGAUUCAUGGUGAUCUACACUGUCAUAAUUUUCAUUAUUGUUAUAAUUCAAAUGACCAACCAUUGUAUGAAGUAAAAAGUCAUAAAAAUAUUUAUGGUCCAUUCACCUGGGAUUUAAAAAGAUUAUUAGCAAGUAUUAGUUUAGUUGCUUAUAUGAAAGGCUUUAGUGAUGAUGAAAGUGUUAUGGUAUUGAACGCAUUCAAUAAGCAAUAUAUUGAAACAGUUAAUACAUUUGAAACAAAACGAAAACAGACACUUAUUAAACAACUAUCAAUUGAUACAUCAACAAGAAAUACAAAAGGAAUAAUCAAACCAUCACUUUUGAGAGCAGCGUCGAUCAAUGUCUGCACCGCUCAUACCAAUUGCAAUAAUGAAUUUAUACCCGUCGAUUGGAAUGCAAUUGAAGAUGUAUUAGUAAUGACUGAUUUAGUUGAACAACUGGCGAAAAUAACAGCCAAAAUGCACUUGCAUCCACUACAAGUGAAUGAUAAAAAUCAAAGUGUUAAAUUGGCUAUUAACUCAGUUGAACAACAACAAUUGCUGAAUGGAAUAACAAAAUUUGCUAUGAACUAUGCUGAACUCACACUUCGAGAUCACCGUCUCUUUUUCACAACAUUUCGUAACACGAACGUUUUUUCAAGUAUGUUGAGUCGAAGUUUACCCUGCACUGUUGAAGAAUGCCAGCCUCUUCAUAAGUCAUUGUUAAUAGUUGGAGGAGGA